UGAAUCGUGACGGCGCCGGAGAAGGCGACUUCUGUUUCACACGAACCUUCAACUUCCAAAACUCCCAGAGAGGGAGGAGAAGAAGAGACAAAGAAGGAUGAAAAGGCGAAGACAGUUCCCUUCUACAAGCUAUUUGCAUUUGCGGAUUCAUAUGAUGUUCUCUUGAUGAUAUGUGGCUCAGUUGGAGCUAUGGGGAACGGUGUUGGUUUGCCUCUCAUGACAUUGUUGUUUGGUGAUCUCAUUGAUUCCUUUGGACAGAACCAGAACAACAAAGACAUCGUUGAUGUUAUCUCAAAGGUUUGUGUGAAAUUCGUCUACCUUGGACUUGGAACACUAGGAGCAGCCUUUCUUCAGGUGGCUUGUUGGAUGAUAACGGGAGAGAGACAAGCGGCGGCGAGGAUAAGAAAUAUGUAUCUGAAAACAAUUCUGAGACAAGACAUUGGAUUCUUCGAUGUGGAAACAAACACAGGGGAGGUUGUUGGUAGAAUGUCUGGAGAUACUGUUCUUAUCCAAGACGCCAUGGGUGAGAAGGUAGGGAAGUUUAUUCAGUUGAUAGCUACGUUCAUCGGUGGAUUUGCUUUAGCUUUUGCUAAAGGGUGGUUACUAACAUUGGUUAUGUUAACUUCAAUACCUCUCCUGGCAAUGGCUGGUGCAGCCAUGGCUAUUAUAGUCACUCGAGCUUCUUCUCAGGGACAAGCUGCUUAUGCCAAAGCAGCUACUGUUGUUGAACAGACUAUCGGUUCCAUCCGAACGGUUGCAUCAUUUACGAGAGAGAAAGAAGCGAUAAACAAGUACAAAAAGUUCAUAACAUCGGCGUACAAAUCAAGCAUACAACAAGGAUUCUCGACUGGUUUAGGACUGAGAAUAAUGUUAUUCGUGUUAUUCAGCAGCUAUGCUUUGGCUAUUUGGUUUGGUGGGAAGAUGAUUCUCGAAAAAGGCUAUACUGGUGGCGCUGUCAUCAACGUACUCAUCAUCUUCGUUGCCGGUGCCAUGUAAGUUAUUACUACACACUUACUUUCGGCUAGAAACUAGGGUUUCAUUUCUCUAUUUCUCGUCGAUUCGUAUUCUCCGGCGAACCAGUUUUCGCCGUAUCGUUUCCUUGUUUCUUUCCUCUUUGUAAC